ACUGUGGUGUACUGUGUGUGAACAAGCGACAUUUUGUUAUUUUUUGUAUUGCCAUCCCAGACACGAUCAAUACUAUUUGUUUCACAUCAUAGGUACAUAGUAUUUCGCGGGUGUCGUGGCUGAAAAGCGUUUGUGGUGCGACUAAAAUUAUUAAUUUGGGCACAUUGGUUUCCUAUGUUUGAAAUCGAGCGUAUACGUGGGCAAUUUGAGCGUCGGGUUUUCAGUACUUUGAUCAUUGUGUGUAGGUACGCGUAGAAAGAAGGACUGAAAGUGUACAGUUAGCCGUGAAUAGGGCGUCGGCGUGUCGGAAGACGCGGGUGGAGUUUCAGGCAGAGAUGGCGAUGCCUGAGCAGUUUUCGCUGCGAUGGAACGACUUCCACUCAAACUUGUCGCAGUCUUUUCAAGCGUUGCUGGAAGGCGAAGACCUAGUAGACGUGACGCUGGCUGCGGGUGGGCAGUACGUGCACGCACAUAAACUCAUCCUCUCAGUAUGCAGCCCAUAUUUUAAGGAACUUUUUAAGAUGAACCCCUGUGAACAUCCUAUCGUGAUCCUGAAAGAUGUGGCUCAUCAAGAACUCCGACAGCUCCUUCAAUUCAUGUACAGAGGCGAAGUUCACGUUCGUCAACAGGAGCUCUCGGGGUUCCUGCACAGCGCUGAGCUGCUGCAGGUCAAAGGCCUCACCGGGGGUCGUGAGCGGAGUGAGUCACCGCCGCCUGUCCGCCCGCCCACCGAGGAGCCCCCGCGCCCGCAGCCCCCGCCCGCGCCAGAGCCCCAAGCCGAAGCGCCCCCCGAGUGGGUGCCUGGCGGUGAAGACACCAUCGCCACUGAACAGCAAGCCGAGCCGAACAAUGCCAACCUCAAAGACGAUGCUACUCGAAGCCCACUGAAACGCUUGUUGAAGAAUACUCCUCAGAAGAACAGCUUCAACACGAAGAAGAAGCCUCGCGCCACCAACGACAGUCCCACGCACCCGGAGAACACAGACUAUGCUUACGACGGCGAACCUCUAAUUGACUUCGACAACGAACUCUUUCAUACUGUGAUGGUAUUGCCUGAAUCUGCUAAAGAAUCUGGUUGGAACAUGAAGACAGGAGGUGUGAAGUGUCCUUCGUGCCAUCGGUUCUUCGCCAAUCGUUACAACCUGAAGGUGCACAUUAGAGACAAGCACGACACACGAGAAGGCACCCUCCAGUGCGACAUUUGCCACAAGCGUAUGCGGAAUCCUUCGUGCUUGCGCGUUCAUAUGUACCACCACCGCAAGCAGGCAGCAUACCUGGCCCAGUUCAGAGGACAAGGAGACGAGAUGAAACAUGUGCCGCAAAACUUGACGACAUGGCGCUCCCAGGGAUUGUUGGGCUACUUCAGUUAUAGGGAAGCUUUUAAGAAAGUGGCGAAUAUGGCCAAGUGGCGUACCGAGGGAGCCAUCGGAAACAUUGAUUACAGGGAUGCCGAUCACAUCCCUGCCGUGCCGGCCGCCGAGACUUCGAACAAGCCCUCCCAAGACGAGCCGACCUCCCACGCCCAGGGAGUGCCCAAGACGGAGGCCGACUCGGAGGCCGCAUGAUUAAGAUCGAGUAUCGUGUGCGCUUCCCGGCGUGACGAUAUCGCAACCCCAGCACAACUCUACAUGAUGUUUACGCAACAGGUCUACUGGCGUAAUGGUGUUUUCAUGACCACCUACAACAACUUUGUACAUCAGUGACUCGUCUAUCAUAUUUAUCACACGGGCCUGAUAUUCCAUAUUUAAUCUGUAGUGACGUAGAUUCUCGGGCAAAGCCCGCUCGAUAUUUAACCACUUAGAAGUAUUGAUAUGUUCUUUGUACGUACGUAUAUACGUGCACAUGUACCAUUCGUAGUAUACAUAGUGUAGUUGUUUGAAAAUUGUGAGCUGAGCUGUCAAAGUUUUCGUCAGUAUUGUCACGGUGCUCUUGGAAAGAUUUUAGAAUAUAAUUUUUGAGAACGUGCGGUUUUGAAGCGCCGGGUAGCGCCCGUUAUUGUUAAGAAAGGUGGGGGAACAAUUGGUAAUAUAAUAUCUUAAAAUUAAUGAGAUUAUCGGGACUCAUAUCCGAAAGUUAGCGUAGUACUAAUAAUGUUUGUAAUAAAAUAGGCACUACAAAAUAAAUGAUCCAAAGACUGAAGCAUCCGUAGAGACGUAUAUAAGUAAUAACAUUUAAAACGUUUGCAAUAAAAUUUUUACCUAGUGUGUUUAUGGUAAACGCAAAGCAGGGUGUGACUUUGGCAGGAUUAAUACGAUUUUUGUACUUACACACACUUCUUUUGUACGCCACCAUUAAACUAUCGCUAAUUUUAGGUAAUAUUCUCACGCCAUAUCUGUAUACUGCCUACAAAAAUAAUUACAUAAGAUUGAUAUUAACUUUAACAUUUCCAUCGUAGAUCUUUGUUUUGUACAAAUUUGAGUUCACACCCGUCGCUCACAAAUCAUUUAACUUAAGAGCGUAAGAUACGACACUUGUGCCGCCUCUAAUUAAUCUGAAAGCUACAAUAGGCCCUAUUGGGCAUAAAGCUUCGCGACGCAUUACGAUUUAAUUUUGUUCGAACAUAGCAAUAGUUUGGUAUAGAGCAUUUAAAGUUGUACCCUGUAGUAUUGCCAGAUAAAAGUAUUAUUAAAUAAAAGUUUACAAAAAGGACUGAUUUAAAAUCAAGUGUACAACUCGCAGAUGGUUUGGUCUUGUAAAGAGCGAGCGUGGUUGGUGUCACUUCGUUCUGGAUACCACUGGAGCGGAGGAUAUUAGCUCUCGCUAUUUGCAAUUUAUAAUAAUAACUACCGACCAAGACGCAAGACUGGGUUCACAGGGCUUAAGUCUAAUCGUAUUGAGCAGUUGCCCGUUCGUUACGUUGAAACAUAAAACCGUUCACACGACGUUUGUAAUGUAAUAACAACCACUUGUGAAUGGUUUUGUGAACGUACGAACCACACUCUUUCCAUGGAACUCAUGCUACUAAAACCAUGCUUUAGUGCCACGUGAAUCUAGUUUAAAGACCAGCGUAUUUUUGAGAAAUAAUUAAAAGAUUGGCUCUCUGAAAAUUCUCUUGUCUUUACAUCUUGGCCGUUGCGUACACGCUAUAAGUAUUAGUGUCGUCUCGAUGUGAUUUUGUGAUUACGUAUAAUUAUAAUCGUCAUAUGUCGCGCAGCUUUUAUUAGGUUCAAUACAAUAUUAGAAAGUACAACUUAUUGUUAUUUAGGCAGCUAGAUCGAACACGAGGUAGUUAUUACUUUUAAUGUUGCCAUUCAUAAAUGAGGUGUAAUGAAAUUGGUUACAAUUUCGUUUGAGCCAAAAUUUGACACGCGUUGAGCUCGACGCACCAUCGACAAACAUAACCUUACAGUACAAAAUACGAUAUUUGUGUAUAAUAAUCAUAUGAAUAUAUGCUUUACUUAGAUUUUAAGUUUUUUACGUUAAUGUAAGGUCAUUUUUUAAUUAAGAACAGAACAAUUUUUAUACGUACAAUAUUAGUUCAGUAGCGAUAUAUAUAUUUUUACAUAAUUUAAUUCAUGAUGAUAUUUAUCAUUAUACAAGGGUUGUUUAGGUUUGUUAAGAAAAUUAUUUACCUCAUCGUUCGAAAUGACUGUUUUUGUAAGAUUUUGUCUUUGGUUCAACGUAUUGUUUUUAAACAUGGUAUAUUUAGUUUGUCAUAAUAAAUAAAAACAAAGACGGUAUUCUGAUAAGACAACAAAUAAAUUACAACAAGGCACUAUGAUAUAUAUAAGAGUAUUUCUCAAAAAAAAUGUACGUAACGAAACGGUAGUAACG